AUGAAUCCACGGUUCUUUUGCACAGCAGUAUCCCUUCUGCACCAUAUCGAGGUUGGAUCUUUGAAAAGCAAGAAACACAAAAAAAACAUGAGUUCUUUUUCAACAAGUACCUUAGAAAAAAAGCUAAAUGAUUUAUCAAGCACCCAGCAAAGUGUACAGACAUUAUCAUUGUGGGUAAUACAUCACAGAAAGCACGCCAAAACGGUAGUGCAAACUUGGAAUAAGGAAAUUCACAAAGUUAAACCAUCRAAAAAGCUCACGUUGCUUUACCUCGCGAAUGAUGUUCUACAAAAUAGCAAGAAGAAAGGCUCAGAAUUCAACUCUGAAUUCAAAUCUGUUCUUCCUUCAGUAUUCAAACAUUGUGCUCAGGAUACCUUCAAAGAUGCUACAAUAAAAGGAAUGGAAAGACUAAUUCAGAUCUGGGGAGAACGAGGAGUAUUUGAGCUGUCAUUCACUGAAAAACUAAGAAAGGCAAUAAAUUAUGAGCCGCAGUUGGAUGAUUCGCCACCCCCUAGUAAAAUCGCAAAAACAGAAAGUACAAAUGACGAUCCUGUUGAACCACCAGAUCCCGAGGAUCUAAUCAAGGUCCUACAAGAAUUGGAGCAGUCAGCGUCACAAGAUGCUGUUGUCAGAGAAAAAAUAGCCAAUUUACCAGCAGAAGUGCAGGAUGUCUCACUUUUAGAUAAAAUUGAAGAUAAAGAAACAGGGGAAAGACUUACAAGAAUAGUCGACAAAGCCUGUGUGCUGCUUGCCGAGUACAACGGCCGCUUGUCUGCUGAGCUUGAGGACCGUAUUACUCUUUCAAAAAUGCUGACUUCAUUCCUCGGCCUACAAAAAGAAAAAUUAGCAGAGACAGAACAACGACUACAGGUAUUNCAAGGAAAACUAGAAAAAGUCACAAUGGUACGAAAAGAACUCAAGUCCCAUCUCGAUAACCUUCCUGAUCUUUCUAAACUKCCUGUUGUUGAGGGGGGUCUUCCACCUCUACCGUCGGCUGGGGAUUUGUUUGCAAGUUCGUCAGGACAUCGAUCCUGACAUUGGCAGCAACAAGCAAUGCAAUCAUUUCUCUUGGGGCUAUUCUUGUUUUUACAUUUUAGUUAGACUUUUUAGUUGGUUCUUUGUACACUCUCAACUGAGGCGGAAGGGAGGGGGGUACUAUUCUGUYAUUUGUUCUCGCCCCUAUGAUCUAGAGAUAUGCCUCUUGAGAAAUGGUUGCUUAUGUCAURAAUUUUUGUAAAAUUACUGAUACCAAUUUGCCAAAAUAAGGCUUUUGACUUAGUCUAUAAAUGGAAAGGAAGAGGACGGAAAGAAAGAAUAGUUUUCUUGAAAAGGCAAAACAAGCAGGAUGUAUUUUUUAGCGAGAGAAGCAAAGCACUUGUCAAACAAAUAAUGUCCUAUAGUAUGACACAAAAUAAGAAUCAAAAUUCAUAAAAUUUCGUCGUUUCGUAGCUCUUAUCGAACUGGCUAUAAACCGUUGUUUGGAGCCAUCUUGGUACCCAGGGGUUAACUUCUUCGCUGGUUGAAAAACAAAGGAAAAGACUGCUUAAUUUACUGUAAUGAAUUAGGGCGAUGCACAAUUUGUGCACGUAUAUCUUGUUUAAAGUUGUCAUGGUAUCAACCUCCUGGAUGCUUUGCGCGCCUUGUCAUAAUUUCGUCUUAUAACCAAACUAUAAACGGCUUUUUCAGACAAAUUAGAGGUUGAUGAAAAUAACCUUAACAGACUUUCUGAACUUUCAAUGAAGGAAGAACAAAACUACCACAGAGAACUCAAAUUUCAAAGCAUGUAUGGCUGAACGGACCAAUCAUAAACCAGUAAUUCUAUGUGAAGCGAAAACAAACGAUCGCAAAUUAUCCAGGUUGAUACUGGGCCUUUAGAGUGGUUUUCAUUAACCCGUGAAACACACUUUAGCGUAUUACACUUUAUUACACUUUGUCUCUUUUGUUUUCUAUUGUAUUUCUUGGCUAUUACACUGUAUUACAUUUUGACUAUUACACUUUGUUUCACGGGUUAAUGAGAACCACUCUAAAUAACUAGUCUACUAAUAAUAAGAAACUAAACCUUAUUCGUGGGUCUCUUUGGUGACAUUCAGUCGCUGACACGCCCAUUAACAAGGGACUUAACAUGUAUGUAUAUUUUAGGGUAUUGUAUUUGUACUCUAUCAACUUCAAAAAAGCACUUCUUUGUCACCCCAAUAAUUAUAAUGUUAAAAACGUUUUCUCAGCCAUUUUUAGCUCCAAUAAAUUUACUAAAUAUGUGA